UGUGUCAACUGAGUCUGACAUCUGCGGUCUUGGAAAUUGUGUUUGGUGAGUCAGGAGUUGCGAGUUCGACAACAUGACCAAUUUGAAGUAACGCGUAGGCCUACAUAACAUUUUUAUGCAGAAGGCCGCUUAACAGUACAGGCGGGCUAUUUGUGUACUCAGACACGGAAAAACAAGUGUGAAAGUGAAGCCUGUGUAUAACUCCAGAAACUUCGGUAGCUGGCAAAGUUUAACGUUAGGUUGUGUGCCAAAAAAAAAACACAUAAAGUUAGGUUGUGAGCUGUAUAAAUGACAGGACUAUGUACUUGUACCACUCAUACUGUUACAUAAACAACUUUAUCAACUGAACGUGGCUGAUAUCAUGUCAGCAUCACCAGCCAGCUCAUCCCAGCAGCGGGUUAAACACAGUGGCUCCCCCACAGCCUCCUCUUCCUGUAGCAGCAACACCACCGCGGUCCGGUUGCAGCCUAUCCGCGCCACGGUGCCGUACCUUUUGCGUGGAAAUCAGCACAGCCCAACCCGCUCUGCUUCCUGCUGCUUCUCAGUAGCCGGGAGCAACGCAGGACCGACGACGUCCCGUUGCUACAGUCCCCCCAACCCGGGUGGAAGCGGCUCUGACAGCAGGCUGGUCCCCAGGCAGAGACUUUCACCUUCGGACAGCAGGAGCUCACCAGAACGCUCUCCCUACUCGCCUGUUUCCACAGUUGAAAGGACAAAAUCCCACCAGGUGCAGAGCUUGGGGGCCAUUUGGCGGACUCCCUCCCAGGGCACUAUUACUGGACCCUACCUCACUGGGCAGUGGCCUCGUGACACCCAUGUGCACUACCCAUCUUGUAUGAAAGAUAAAUCCACACAGACUCCUGGAUGUUGGAGUGAGGAAACGAGAGAGAAGAGGAGCACCCACCAGCGCUCUGCGUCCUGGGGCAGCACCGACCAGCUCAAAGAGAUUGCGAAGCUCCGGCAUCAGCUCCAUCGCAGUAAACAAGGGGGACGCCACAGUAAAGACAAGGAGCGACUGUCCCCCCUGCAGUGCAACACCAUCACCUACACCGCCCUCACCAGCACUACCAACCACACCUCCACAGCCAGCCACGUUCAGCAGUUUUCCAUGUCGAAGUCCGCCCAGAUGCCGCUGUCCAACAUCACAGUGCCAAAGCCUUCCAUCUCCAGGGUGCCCAGCAGCAUGGAGGGCAUCAACCACGAGCUGGAGAAGGUCUUCAUCAAAGACAACGGAGAGAAGGAGGAGCUCAAGUCCCUGGAGGUUCCCGAUGGGCGGCGGGCCCCCUUCCCUCCCCAGCAGCGCAGCAGCAGCACCCGCAGCGUGGACACCCAGACUCCCUCAGCCCCCGGCCGGUCCAGCAGCUGCUCCAGCCUGUCGCCCUGCCCCUCGCCGGCCUGCCCACCAGGAUCACACGACGGCAGUCCUUACUCCACAGAGGAUCUACUGUACGACCGGGAUAAAGACAGUGGAAGCAGCUCGCCGCUGCCCAAGUUUGCCUCCUCGCCCAAACCCAACAACAGCUACAUGUUCAAGCGAGAGCCGCCAGAGGGCUGUGAGAAGAUUAAAGCUUUCGAGGAGAUGAGCUCAAGGCAGUCCACAUCGGCGUCGGUCCCCCUCUUCUCCUGCCCCGACAAAAACAAAGUCAACUUCAUCCCGACGGGCUCGGCGUUCUGCCCCGUCAAACUCCCCGGCUCCCUGCACCUCAUCCCGGCCUCAGAGCCCGAGGAGGACGAGGACAACGCGGAGGCGGCCUCUGGCUCGGAUGCCCAGGGGGCCACGUCGCUCUACGGGGCCUCCACUCAGGUCUCGGCGAGCACCAGCACAGACGACCCCCCGGAGCCGCCCGGCUGGCCCUCAGAGACUGCAGAGCCCCAGACAGACAGCCCGGCCAUCAGCUAGACCUGAGCAGAGCUGGCCUCUGACUCCGGGGAUCCACACUUGCGACCGCCAACCAUCACCACUGACUGUCCCACCAACACCUCCCUCUGCUCUGCCAGGGGGAGCCUCCGUCUCUCUGUGCUGACCCCUUCCACCCCCCCCUUCUAUCUCUGCAUGACGUAGCAACAAUGUCCCGAAUAACCGCUGCCGCCCACCACAAAGACUCACCACCUUAAUGUUCUGUCCUGCGUAAUGUCUGAGCUGGUGCUGGCAGGGAAAGACACGAUGGUUACAGGUUAUCAUAUGCAGGCAUCGAAGGGAAGAUACGGAGCGCGAUGGAUGGGGGGAGGGGCAUGCAUUUUAAACUGGUAGUAUAUUUCUGAUUAAAUUAUGUGUUGUGUUCAGUUUCAACAUUCACAGUAUGAAUAAGCUCUCUAAACAUAUAUAUAUACACAUAUAUCUCUAUGAAAAGAAAGAAAAAUGCUUGUUUUAAACUGUGUAUUGCUGUGUUAUGUAUGUGACAGGGAAAACAGCUGUACUAUUCAGGAUUCUGUUUACACUAUCCAGGUCACAUUGUUAAACCCUGUCUAAAAAACAAAUGCAAAGAGAAAAAUCAUUUGGGCAAAGAGAAAAGAAAAAAAAGAAGACAAAAUGGCCUCAAAUUGGUUGCACAGUGUCUGCAUCUGGCCUCGCUUCAGGUAUUUCACAAUCAGAGUCUAUACUCAGGUAAUUUGGAAUGUAUGUCCAUACAAAUAUCUGCAGAACAGAUUCACUGUCAUUUCCUCCUGGUUUUCUCAUUCCCAUAGCUGACUGCGGAGGGUAAAGGGUUGAAGUAGAGGACACCCCCUCAUGGUUGGCCUCUCUGACUGGUGGUGGGGUAUUCUACCGACCACACACACUGUGACUGAGGGCAUUAAUGGCUGUGUAUGCGUAUGCGUGUGCGCGUGUGCGCGUGUGUGCGUGUGUGUGUGUGUGUGUGUGUUGAUAGAAUCGUGCUGGACAGAGACUUGGAUGAUGUACAGUCUGAUAUUUAAGCCUGCAGACAGUGGUGAUUGGCUCUCCUGAGCCUGUUGACGGGGGACCAAAGGUGGACACGUCCGCAGCACCGUCAACAUUGAAAUACAAUCAAACUGAAGCAUUUGGUUCCUUAGAGGUGCAGAUUGGAGGUAUAGUUGUAGAAACAUUUUUCUGAGAUUGAAAUCUUAUCUUAUUUGAUGAGUUAAACCUCAGUUCUCUUAGCCAAAGAUGCCGUUUUCUUGUGCAACUUAACCUGACUAAAUCAAGUCUCUAGAGCCAGAGCGAUACUGGAAUUUCUGAGGCUGAUAUCAAUUUGUGUGAGUUUAAAAAGCAAUAUAUUGGCCAAUAUUUGUUUUUUUGCUGAGAAUCCCUUGAAGAAUUUGGACCAAGAUAAGUACAGAGCAGGACAUUUCCAGUUUGAAAGAUCUCUACCAUCGCCCAUUCAGCCCUAAUGGUAAGGGCGUAACUUUGGGUUCAACCUUGGGGGGGUUGAGAUCUCCACCUAUCUAGGGAGGUCCUGCGACAUGUCAGCAUGUAUUGAAAAAGGUGACAAAAACAGACUAAAGCAACCAAAAAUGUUGAAACAAGCGAGAACAGCCCAGUUUUGAUUAUUGGGGGGGUUUUUAUCCCCCCCCAUCCCCCAAUAAAUUACACCUUAGCCUAACAUGUUGGGUUAGCAAAGAGAACAACAAUAGCCGGUUUACUAAAGACCGGGCAGGUAACACACAUACAGCCUGCUGUGCUUCUACUCCCCAUUUGAUUUCAUUUGACAAAACAAGCUGCAGUUCUCAAAUGUUUAAAAUUGUCUAAACACAGUUACUGCACUUAGCACAAUAACUUUGCCUAAAUAAAAUACAGCUUAACCCUUAUCUAAAUUGAAAUACAAUUUCAAAAAUAAUGAUUUAAAGCUGCAAUAUUCAAUAUUUUUAUAUCUUAAAUGUGCAAUGUGAAAGGGGCCACAGUGAAUUUGCAGUUCUCCGUUCCAUUGAGCUUUUUUAGCCUCUUUUAGCUCAUUGUUUUGGUUUUAUGUAUGUACUAGUUAAUAAGGUAAAUAAUAUGUUAAUGUUGUGUUUUCAGCUUGUUCUGCUGCCCCCAAGUGGCCAAAAGAUCAAUUAAUGCAGCUUUAAAAAGCAGACACUGCCUGAUAAAAGAAUAAGAAAAGAACAUUACAAAUCUGAGUAGGAAUUCAACAUUAGUACAGUUUUGCAUAAUUAGUGCUACAGACCUGGCAGCACUUUUCUGUCAGUACCAGGGAAGUAUUGAGGUUGGAUACCCAGUCCUAGGCAACCGUACAUGCAGCCACUGGAUUUGCACAAGCUUAAAAUGAACUAUAGCCAUACAUGAUGAAUGUUUGCACAACUCUUUUAACUCCAAUCUGCAUAUCCAAACUUAGACUGUUCUGAUAAUCCAGAUAAUUUCUAUUCCAUUAAAUGCAUUCCAUGUGAUUUUAGCAGCCAAGACAUAAAUAGACUCACGAUGAUUCAUUCCUAAAAUAUCUCUCAGCCUUUGAAUCGCUGUGAGAGACUAGCUAAUGCACCGAGAGAUGUUUGGUUUGCAGAUACGGUCGCGCCUUCAUGUGUUUGAUGCACAGAUAAAAGGAUCACACUGGCCUGCCUCCCUCUCACUGUCUGUCUGUCUGUUAUUACUGUGUUGUUGUAGGCACCCUGAUGCUCCCACCAACCAACACAACCUGAACAUCUCAUGUAUCCUCUCUAGGCUGUUGAACAAGCAUCACUAUGCCCAAGUGUAAAUGAUCCACAACUUUCAUUUGCAAGAGUGAAAAACAUAACCCACAUUUAUUUUGAUAUCUGGUGCGCUUGAGGAAUCCCUGCAUUGGCGCUCCUUUCAUAUUUUGUAUAUAUGUGGCUUUUAAAGAGGCUCAAUGCAAUGUUGUGGUUUUCUUAAGACAUGUCAGCACCUUACCAAGAGCUAUGGCUUUCCCAAUGUCCCACCUAUACUCGGCAUUGGUAAACUAGAUGUGUGCAAUAACAGGAAAAAAAACAAAAAAAACUGUGUUGUCCGUUCUUUGACACAAAAAGCGUCUCAUCUUGCAUUCCUUUGGUUUUGAGCAUGGGGGCUGGAUCAGCAAGUAGUUUGUUGUUAAAGCCAUCAACUGAUACAAAACCAGCACUGAGAGUGACCAGAGCACAUCACUGGCAGGUCAGAGUGUUCACCAACUCACUCCAUGAUACUUCUUGUGUAACCUGCAGUGUCAAAGUUCAUGCACAAUGGCAAUAAAAAAAAAACUAUUGGUUGUUUUGUCCA